AUGAUGGUGGUGGCUGGGCUGGCGCUAGAAACAUUGUGGGAUUUGGACAAGCGUGUUGUGAUUCCGACGUUGGAUGUCAGCAAGUACCAUUUUGUUGACCAAGCAGUGCCCCGGCACAUCUUGGGAGCGGGCAUUAGUUCGAUUGAGUUGUCCUGUGGUGUUGCUCGAGAGAAGCCCAUGAACUCAGCAGCCUCCUCAGCCGCCAUUGCCAGUUCUCCCUCUGUUGUGCAGCCACAGCAACCUGCCAUAGCAAGUGCGCCGGCUUCGAGCACGGUCCCAGAGGUGGGGUGCAGGGGUGCAAGUUCUAUUUAUAAACAGUUCUUUUGUCUUUUGUUCAAGGGCAGGAGUGCGCAGAAGAAAUCGCUCAGCAGAUGA